GGACCGCUAAAACGAGCCUCCGACGGGUCCCUGGCGUGGACAUUUUUAAUAUCUCCUCUGGAUUUUUUUUUUUCCUCGCGUGUGUGUUUUGGUGCAGAGAGGGCUGCUGAGGUGUGUUAGAGCCAUUCAGAGGAUGAAGACAGCCGCUCGGUGAAUGGGAAACACCAACACGGAGGCACCGCUACCUUUCCCUGCUCUUGACAAACACGCUCGCGCUUCCGUCGGAGAGAUUUACGCCGGUGCCGGUGUCUGCGCUCUGCGGGGCAGGGCGCGCGACGUCUGGGAGGAGUAGGGAGGAUGGAGUCGUUUUUCACAGAGGGGGCCCGCGUUUGGGUCAGGGAGAAGGAGCAGCUGGUUCCUGCCACGGUUAACUCCUGUGGGGAUGGAACGCUCGUCGUCACAACCGACUAUGGAGAGGUGUUGUACCUGCAGCAGGCUGAGGUUACCAGGGAGCGGGUGUAUGCCAUGCACCAGUCCAGCAUCGAUGGAGUGGAGGACAUGUCAGCACUGGCUGAGCUGCACGAGGCCGCCAUCAUGCACAACCUGUACCAGCGCUACCAAAAGGACAACAUCUACACUAAUAUCGGCAGCAUCCUGGCAGCUGUCAACCCCUAUAAGCAGAUCCCCGGUAUGUACGACCUGGAGAGGGUGGACCUGUACUCCAAACACCACAUAGGAGAGCUGCCACCGCACAUUUUUGCUGUGGCCAACGAAUGCUACCGCUGCAUCUGGAAACGCCAUGACAGUCAGUGUGUCCUCAUCAGUGGUGAAUCAGGGGCCGGGAAGACAGAAAGCACCAAACUGUUGCUUCAGUUCCUGUCGGUGAUGAGCCAGAACUCAGCUGGGACUCCUCAGUCAGAGAAAACGACACGGGUGGAGCAGGCCAUCGUACAGAGCAGUCCCAUCAUGGAGGCUUUUGGGAAUGCAAAGACUGUUUACAACAACAACUCCAGCCGCUUUGGGAAAUUCAUUCAACUUCACUUCUCUGAGUGCGGAAACAUCCAGGGAGGCUGCGUCAUUGACUAUUUACUGGAAAAGAACCGAGUGGUACGACAAAACCCCGGAGAGAGAAACUACCACAUCUUCUACGCUCUGCUGGCAGGUGCUACCAAGGAUCAUAAAAGCCAGUACUUCCUGGAGGAUUCAGCUGAAUUGUUCCACUACCUCAGCCAAUCAGGAUGUCUAAAGGACAAGAGCCUGAAUGACAAAGAGUUGUUCAACAGCGUUAUGGAGGCGCUGAAGGUGUUACAGUUCACAGAGGAGGAGAUCAGAGACAUGUUCAAGCUGCUGUCAGGAGUUUUACAGCUCGGAAACAUCGAGUUCAUGACUGCAGGAGGAGCACAGAUCACCACCAAGCAAGUGGUCAGUAACGCCAGUGAGCUGCUGGGCCUGGACGCUUUCCAGCUGAAUGAAGUCCUGACUCAGCGCUCCAUAAUCCUCAGAGGAGAGGAAAUCUGCUCACCGCUUACUAUAGAGCAGGCUGUGGACUCCAGGGACUCUGUUGCCAUGGCCUUGUACUCUCAGUGUUUCUCCUGGAUCAUCAUGAAGAUCAAUCAGAAAAUCAAAGGGAAGGAAAACUUUAAAUCCAUUGGUAUUCUGGACAUCUUUGGCUUUGAGAACUUUGAGGUGAAUCGCUUCGAGCAGUUUAACAUCAACUACGCCAACGAGAAACUUCAGGAAUACUUCAACAAGCACAUCUUCUCCUUGGAGCAGCUUGAGUACAACAGGGAGGGCGUUCAGUGGGAUGCCAUUGACUGGAUGGACAAUGCAGAGUGUCUGGACCUCAUAGAGAAGAAACUCGGCCUGUUGGCACUCGUGAAUGAAGAGAGUCGAUUCCCCAAGGGAACAGAUUUCACCCUUCUAGAGAAGCUUCACAGCAGACACUCGACAAACCCGUAUUAUGUGAAGCCCAGACUGGCUGACCAUCAGUUUGGUAUCAAACAUUAUGCUGGGGAGGUCCUGUAUGAUGUGAAAGGAAUACUGGAGAAGAACCGAGACACCUUCAGAGAUGACAUUCUGAACAUGCUGAAAGACAGCAGGUUGGACUUCAUCUAUGAUUUAUUUGAGAAGGUCGGCAGCAGGAACAAUGAGGAGAAGAUGGGAACAGCCAGACGUAAACCUACAGUGAGCUCCCAGUUCAGGGACUCCCUCCAUGCUCUCAUGGCCACUCUCAGCGUGUCAAACCCUUUCUUCAUCCGCUGCAUAAAGCCCAACAUGGACAAGAAUCCAAAUAAGUUUGACCCUGAGGUCGUCCUGAACCAGCUGAGGUAUUCUGGGAUGUUGGAGACUGUAAAGAUCCGUCGGGCCGGGUUCCCCGUCCGCAGAACCUUCAAAGACUUCUUCACUCGAUAUAAGAUCAUUGCUAAAGACAAAGUUUCAGCAGCGGGAGAUGAUAAGAAGAAAAGUACAGAGCUUUUAAUUAAAUAUGACAAGACAAAGAAAGAGUGGCAGUUGGGGAAGACGAAGGUGUUUAUGAAAGAAUCUCUGGAGCAGCGUUUGGAGAAAGAUCGAGACGAAAUCCGACGCCAGGCUGCCAUGGUCAUCCGAGCCCACCUGCUCACUUUCUCGGCCAAGAAGCAUUUCAAGCGCGCCCGUGCCAGUGUCAUCACCCUCCAGAAACAUCUAAGGAGACACAUCCAGCGCAAAAAGUUUGUCAAGCAGCGUAAGGCAACGCUGGUACUGCAGAAGCACAGGCGGGGUCAGGUUGCACGUGCACGAGUCCGUAAGCUCAAGGAGGAGAAAAAGAAAAAGGAGGAGGAACAGAGGAAGAAAGAGGAGGCAGAGAAGAAGGUGCUUGGCGAAGGGGAGCAACAGCAGGCGGAUGGAAAGGCAAAAUCACCAGACGCCAAGGCUGCUACUUCAGAUGAGAACCGGCAGAUGGAGGAGAUCCUGCAGCUGGAGCGAGAGAUUGAGCGCCUGCAGAAGAAGAGAGAAGAUGAGGUGUCCCAGCUGUGCGAGUCCUCCAAACAGGAGCUGCAGCUGCGGCGAGAUGCCGAGCUGAAACGGAUGAAGAAGGAGGCGUCCCGCAAAGCCACACAACUCAUAGACCUCCUGGACUUUGGAGGCGUGGAUCCUGCCCUGGAAGCAAAGGCAUCCAAGCCUGCAGCGGAGGUCAAACCCCCGAAAGCUGCAGGCGCCAGCAGAGGAGCGUCCAAAGACGAGGAGGUGGAUGAAGGAUUUCAUGCUGAAGAUGAGUGCAUCCCUCUCCCAGACUUCCCUCCUCCUGCUGAGACCGACGCUCCUCUGGAUCAGGACAUCUUCGCUCACCUCCCUCCUCCCCCGCCUGCUUUUGCAGAAGGAACAGUCCCUCCUGCGCCUCCUCCUCCACCUCCUCUACCUGCAGAUGGCAUCCCUGGAGCUGGAAUCCCUCCCCCUCCUCCUCUACCUCCACCUGGAGAUGGUUCAGCUGUCCCUCCUCCUCCACCGCCUCCUCCUCCAGCAGAAGGAGAGAAGAAAGAGGGAGCCAAGGAGCCGGAGAGGAAGGUGAGCAUGGUGGAGAGCCUGGUGGAUGGAGACGAGCCUAUCUACAGCAUGCCAGCCGACACGGAGUCCGACUACGACCAGGAGGAGGAGGAGGGGUCAGUCACAGCAGGAGACGACAGCUCAGUAUCAGGAAGCAACAGAGGAAGCACGGCCGUGACGGACGAGGAGCACCCGAGGAAGUCGACCUGCACCAACGCCAGCAUCGAGUCCUACAGAGGCAGCUCUGACUCUUAUGCAGACAGUGACGACGAACAUGACGGCAUGAUGGACACCGAUGAGGAGGUGACCAAUGGCAGGGUGACCCUGCUAAACGGGAACGGGCCGCCAUAUUUCCACGGCUACCUCUACAUGAAGGCUGGUUUGAUGAUUCCGUGGAGGAGGCGCUGGUGUGUGCUGAAGGAUGAAACCUUCAUGUGGUUCCGCUCCAAACAGGAGUCCCUGAAGUCGGGCUGGCUCUACAAGAAAGGAGGAGGGCUCUCAACUUUGUCACGGAGGUUAAACUGGAAGAUGCGCUGGUUUGUACUGAGGGACAGUAAGCUGAUGUACUAUGAAAACGACAGCGAGGAGAAGCUGAAGGGAACCAUCGACAUCAGAGCUGCAAAAGAGAUCAUGGAUAAUCAUGAAAAGGAGAACGCUCUGAACAUCGUGACAGAUGAGAGGACAUAUCAGGUGUUUGCUGAGUCACCAGAGGAUGCAAGUGGGUGGUUUAAUGUUCUCAGUAAGGUACGCGUGUGCACACCUGAGCAGCUGUUAGAGAUGUCCCAUGAACAGGCCAACCCAAAGAACGCCGUGGGAACUCUUGAUGUGGGGCUGAUAGACUCUGUUUGUGCUUCUGACAACCCUGAUCGGCCAAACUCCUUCGUCAUCAUUACGGCCAACCGUGUGAUCCACUGUAACAGUGACACUCCGGAGGAGAUGCAUCACUGGAUCAGUCUGCUGCAAAAACCCAAAGGAGACGCCCGGAUAGAUGGCCAGGAGUUCCUCGUCAGAGGCUGGCUCCAGAAGGAGAUGAAGACAAACGCUAAGAGCACCUCCCUGAAGCUGAAGAAACGCUGGUUUGUUUUGACCCACAACUCUCUGGAUUACUACAAGAGCUCAGAGAAAAACUCAUCCAAGAUGGGAACUCUGGUCCUGAACUCGCUCUGUUCCAUCAUUCAGCCAGAUGAGCGGGUGCACCGGGAGACGGGUUACUGGAACAUUAUCGUGUAUGGGAGGAAGCACUCAUAUCGCCUUUACACUAAGAUGCUGAAUGAGGCUAUGAGGUGGACGGCUGCCAUUCAGGGAGUCAUAGACAGCAAGACUCCCAUAGAGACUCCGACUCUGCAGCUCAUCAGGGACAUCAAGGAGAACAGCGUGAACCCGGACAUCGUGGAGCAGAUGUACAGGAGGAACCCCAUCCUUAGAUACACCCAGCAUCCUCUGCACGCUCCGCUCCUGCCGCUGCCCUACGGAGAGGUCACAAGCUUACAUAGACGGCAGGGCUAUGCCAGCCUUCAGGAUGAGGCGGUGCGAGUUUUCAACUCACUGCAGGAGAUGGAGACUCUGGCAGACACUGUGCCCAUCAUUCAGGGCAUCCUGCAGACCUGCCAGGACCUGCGCCCUCUCAGGGAUGAGGUUUACUGUCAGGUGAUCAAGCAGACCAAUCACGUGCCUCAGCCUAACAGCCCGGCCAACCGGGCACACUGGCAUCUGCUCACCUGCAUGAGCUGCACCUUCUUACCGAGUCGAGCCAUCCUCAGAUACCUCCGCUUCCACCUGAAGAGGGUACGUGAGCGCUUUCCCGGCACAGAAAUCGAGCGCUACGCCACUUUCAUCGGGGAAUCCCUGAAGAAGACCAAGACUCGUGAGUUUGUUCCCUCUCAGGAGGAGAUCGCCGCCCUGCUGGUGAGACAGGAGAUGAGCACCACUGUCUACUGCCACGGGGGAGGCUCCUGCAAGAUCUCCAUCAAUUCACACACCACGGCUGGAGAGGUUGUGGAGAAGCUGAUCAGGGGUUUGGCCAUGGAGGAGAGCAAGAACCUGUUUUCUCUGUUUGAGCAUAACUCCUUUACAGACCGAGCUCUGGAGAGCAGAGUGAUAGUGGCAGACGUUCUCGCCAAGUUCGAAAGACUGGCUGGCAGUGAGGAGGAGGAGGAGGAAGGAGAAUGGAAACUGUACUUUAAGCUCUACUGCUUCCUGGAUGUGGAAAGCAUGCCUAAAGAAGGAGUGGAGUUUGCUUUCAUGUUUGAACAGGCUCACGAGUCUCUGAUCAGCGGUCACUUUCCAGCCUCAGAGGAGACUUUGCAGCACCUGGCUGCUUUACGUCUCCAGUAUCUCCACGGUGAUGGAGCAGGCCGGGCAGGGUGGAGCCUGGGGAGCGUGUAUCCAAUUGGGCGCCUCCGUAACCGCAUCCUCCACUCCACCAAGCCGGGUGUCGGAGUAGCAGGUGGAGCAGGUGGAGGUGGAGCAGGAGGAGCAGGAGAAGGGAAGGGCGCAGCAGGAGGACAGGGAGGAAUCCCAGCCGGGACGGAGAAACGAAAGACCCCGAGUUUCCUGGAUGGCACCCUGAGGAGAAGCUUCAAGACGGGAUCGCUGAAGAAGCAGAAGGUGGAGGAGGAGCAAAUGCUGGAGAUGUGGGUAAAAGAGGAGACGUCGGCCACACGCACCAGCGUUCUUGAGAAGUGGACCAGGCUGCAGGGCAUGCCUCAGCAUCAGGCCAUGCUGAAAUAUAUGAGCAUUAUCAAGGAGUGGCCGGGAUAUGGAUCCACUCUGUUUGAUGUGGAGUGUAAGGAAGGAGGUUUCCCUCACGAUCUGUGGCUGAGCGUGAGUGCAGACAAUGUUUCUGUGUAUAAACGAGGAGAACCGAAGCCACUGGAGACCUUCCAGUAUGAACACAUCACCUUCUUUGGUGCAUCACAGCCAUGCACCUACAAGAUCAUUGUGGAUGAAAGGGAGAUGUACUUUGAGACCCCACAGGUUGGUGAGAUCACCAAGAUCAUGAGGGCCUACAUCAACAUGAUGGUGAAGAAACGUUGCAGCAUCAUGUCAGUGACCAGCGUCGCCAGCUCCUGGGUCAGGUGAUCACCAACAGCCAGUCAGAAACCACGGUGAAUUCGGCGGUAUCAGCAACUCAGCCCUCCCGGAUUGGUUGGCUGGUUGGUUGGUUUCGAUGGAGGUAGCCGCACCAACCAGCCAAUCCUCAAAGUUGAAUUUAAAGGUGGUGGAACAGAGAUAGAAGUGGACAUAGAUGCCAAACGCACACUCUUCUGGCCUUGUGUUUCACUUGGGAUAAGGGAUCUAUUUAAAAAUGAGCAUGAUAACAAAAACCUGUGUCUUGGGACGGUCCUUUCAAAUACAUAACACCUUCCAGCUGUAAUCCUGCAUGUAGAUGUUCAAGCACACUCCAAACUCCUCUCUGCUUUACCUUUUCUGGACAAAUCAGUAAUAACAAGCACAAAACAGCCGCCCAAUCUCCUCAUUUACAACCCAACGCACUGCCAGUCAGAAGAAAGCCACACAUUAUCAGUUCAAUCUGUUUCUUUCGCUCUCUGAUGGAUCUCAGACUCUCUCUCUUUCUCUUCACGUGUCCUCACUCCUGUUUGGUAUUAAGUUUUUUACGCUGAAUUCUUCUUCUUUGCUUGUUUUUUCUCUCUCUCUGUCGUUUAUCUGUGACAUCAGCUGUUUGUGACCGAGAAAAGGACUCUGAUGAUGAUUCCUCUUCAGGGCUAAAUGACUGAAAAUGAGCUCCGCUGCUCACUCAUCAGUGCCACCAUGUGGCCACAAGAAGGAAACUCAGCCAAAGGAAGUGGCUUUAAAUAUUUCUGAACAAUAUCAAAAGGAAAUUUGUGAGUGGAGGCUGAACUUUGGAGGCUCUCGGGUCAUGUUGAGCCUCAAAGCUGAGCCGAAUAGUAUGAGAAAAAAAAACAUUUCCCUAUCUAUGUCGACAUAUUACACACACUGCAUAUAUCUACUGUAUAUUCACAUACAUGUACACUUUACAAUGUAUCGUUUUGUAUUGUAUAUCACACAUUUUAAGAGUUAUUAUUAAAUUGUCAGUGGCCACUGCACUGUACAGUAUGUAGAUGCCCAUAUGACACUUCUCGUGUAAAUUACAAAGUGAAUGGUGUUGAUAAUGUCUGAAUAUGAUGCCAGUACUGUACGUCAUUCACAGGCCGUGCCAUUGAUGUGUCUCACAGGCUAAAUGAGGAUUACAGUAAAAAA